GUUCCACUUUUUAAGUCUUAGUAUGGCUCGUAUGCCGAUUUGCGCUGUUCGCGUAGAACCACUUCGACGCUCGCCGUUGAGCGCUUGAGCUGUCUUCACGUCGAACUAUCGUUCUCAACCAAACGAUCAAGGUCAUACUACCUUAUCUCUCUCUUUUUUUCACGAAUUUACGAACAGUCUUUGUGGCUCAUUGUCACCGCGCUGCGUUGAUAUCAUUGUUUAUUCCAUCGCUUUGCAUGCCUCCGUGGCAUAGUCGUCCCCCACACGUCAAAUAUCCCUCAAGUGCCUUGGUUCAUCUGAGGUACCCCACAUGGAUGCCUUGUAAUUUCGUUUCACCCUCUACGCCUCUCAGACGCCGCUUUGAUUUCUUUCUACGACUUUCUCCACCUCGGGGCUAUCCUCACUUCAGGAGCCUAAAGAAUAUUUUCGUUCCCAUGAUCUUCAUCAUAUUUGAUAAUUACGCAUAUGAACUUGGUGUCAAAACUGUGCUCGCAGGCAUCCUCGCCUUGCUACUCGGUCUCCUUGGAUUUGUUAUUAGCAUAUUUACCCUCGGAGUAGUUUGGAUCGUGCCUGCGAUGAGGAUACAGGCACCUCCCUACCAAGAACCGAUCCAUCGCAGUCCAAAGAAUUUCCGUGGUCUUGUAUUGGUUUCCUCCCCAGAACCUAUACUUCAGAUACUACCGCCGAUACCUCCUGGGUCCAAGACUCCUUCCCUUCGGCGAGCAGUAUCGUUUCCUGACCUGCAUAAAACACCUUCCGAGGGACAGCUCCUCGUGGCCUCGAGGCAUGUUUCUUUCAAUAUCGAAGCUCCAGAAUCCUACAACCCAAGUUUGGCGAGGUCCGCCAGCAUGAACCCCUCCCCGACACCAUCGACAAUUCAGCGUCGCUGGCCACCUGUAAUGUCUCCAUUCUCCAGGCGUCGAUCAACACAAGAGGAAUCUGAUCCAUCCUCACCCACCGUACGAGACGAAGGUAAUACCACCGCGUGCAACUACAGAUCGUCACCCACGUCAAAGAGUACCUGUGUACAUGGCCUUCCACUCAAUUGUUCCGAAGGGCGUUGUGAAUGCCGUCGUGGUCGUAGAAAUAGCUUGGGUUGUGAUGAACAUGGCACGAUGAACCUACUUCGAGUGGACUCUUUUUCCGAAGGGACAACUUCUACGCGCUCGUCGAGAGCCAUGUCUUUACGGUUACCAUCUGUUCGGAAGGUCUUCACCAGAAAACGUCGUCCGGCAAGCGUUCCACCGCGUACACCUCUUGUGAUCAACAUUAGUGCGAAGGAGCAGUCUCAACAGCAAAACCCUACACCAGAGUACCCCGUGAGGACGUCGCUUUCGCCUACUCUCACGUCCGGUGAAAUGUAUCGUGCAGAAUACGUGAAUCCUUUCCGGACAAAGAAAUCAAAGAUUACCUCCAAACUUGAGGCUUCGAAAUUCAGUCGUAGGUCGAGCUUCUCAUUAUCUCGCCCAUGGUCAAGUCCCAAACCUGCGGGUUUAUCGCCUGACUUAGCAUCUUCCGCGACAUCGCCAACUUCCAUUUUUUCGAACUCGCCAUCUGCACUUCGUAGGACAUUCACGAGCCACUUCACUCCGUUUCUCAAGUCCCCUACUAUCAGUUCUCCUUCGAGCUUAGAGUGCCCGUCUCCCAUGCCCUCACCGCAGCUACAGGUGAACGUGUCGAAGUCGACGGGCAAGUAUUCAUUGCGGUCUGUGCCUCGCACGCAACCAUACGGCCCUCCUUGGAAUGCUGUGAUGCCAGGACAAGGUCACGAUCUGGUAAAUGGUAGCCUAGAUGACGUUCUUAUCAAGAGACCACAUCGCGGAUACAAAGAGGCAGAGGGUCGUCGGGGGUUCAAGUUACACUCUCGUACUUUGACGCCGAUAGAGGCAUCUGAGAGCGAAUACCCACCUGACAACCUUGUGGACGAGCUAGGUCAGCUUCCAUCGGGGUCGACGCACUCUCAGGACGCCAUUACAGGUGCUACUGCCGAAGUAGCUCAGAGAACACCUCUGAGGGCUUUGGCUUCCAUCGAGCAUGCGGGGCGUGGGUCCAGUGCCUUGUGGACAAUCACAGGCCUUGAACAAGCUGUUGGGGUCCCAUCGGAUGAACAUAACUAAAUUUCUCCUGUCAGUUAGUCAUGGUGGUUUUAAUAUACUACUUGAUUGAUGGAGAUUUCCUAGUCCAAAUUUUUAUACGUCAUCGCAAUUGUAUACCACGUUAACGUUCUUAGCAUAUAUUCCCUAUCAAAUAUUGGCA